AUGGAGAUUCAACAUAUGCGGGCUGUUAAUGAUGGAGCAAGUAAACGAACUGGGAACGCUUGUGUUCCGUGCAGAAGCAGCAAGGUACGAUGUGACGGCAAAUUACCAAGCUGCCAAAGAUGCCUCAAUCGAAGGACAAUAUGUCACUAUGGUGAGCGGAAAGGAAGAGGGCGUGGCAAAAGCAAACAGUACAUCCAGACACUCGAGGAACGACUAAAGAGCGUUGAAGUUGCACUAAAUGCCUCCCUUCCAGUCAAUCAAGGUUCAUGUCAGGUUUCUGCAGACCCUGGAUAUUUUUAUGAGACAUCUAAUAGCAGUGAGACAGCACCAGACAAAUUUCUCUCUGCCGCUUUAAGCUCUCAGCCAUCGGGAUGGCCAGAAGAGAUCACCAGAAACAUAAUUCAUGCUCAGAAGAACAACAGUAACCUCGAACGAACAGUUUUCGUCCCACUCCCCCCAAAAGAGCACAUGAUACACUUUAUACCCUAUGCCCUAGAAGAUAUGUACGAAGCACAGUCUCUCUUCAGCACCGACAAUGUUCUGAAGCUUGUCAAUGAUCAGUAUUCGGCCGGGCUAUCGAAUUGUCACGCCAAUCCAACUCGCUGGGCAACGGUGAAUGCUCUCAUUGCCACGGGAAUUCAUUGGAAGGCCGACAACAAGGCGAUAGAAGAACUGUUCCCCAUGUCGUGGGCAUACUUUAAGAAUGCCUUUGCAAUUUUCCCAGAGAUCGUCAUGAACGGCGACGGCAUCGACUCUUGUCAAGCGAUGAUUGCUAUGGCUUUGUUCAUGAGGGGAACCGCUGACGCCCGCGCAUUUACUGCACUGUUAUCCGCGGCAGCGCACGCUAUCCACUGUAAUGGCCUGCACUUGGAAGACCUUCAUGCAUCGAGUGACUUGAUCGAUAUGGAAAGGCGUAAGCGGUUCUUUUGGGUGGUCUACGUGCUUCAAUGCAAUGCGUCGCUCAGCUUUGGCCUUCCCGCCCCAUCUAAUCAAGUUGGUGUCGAGCUCCCAUCACAGGGCCUUGUACCAGAUGCUAGUUGCAGCCCACAUCUACUGGAGUAUAUGUCAAUGUUAGCACUUAUCCAGUCGAGAAUAAGUCGAUGUUUUUGCCCUGGUUCAGCACUCUCCAGGAAUAGUGAUAACAUGAUGCAGGAUCUUGUUGAAUUGGAUACUGACCUCGAAGCAUGGAGGACAGCCCUGCCUGCAGAAGUUCAACCUACAGUAUUGGCCCAAGAGGACAACCUCGGCAUCAUACAGCUUCAGUUUGCUUACUAUGCCUCGACUUGGAAAAUCUAUACGGCUAUCAGCAGGCUCUAUAAUGUCCCUCUCACAUUGGUCAAACGAGAGCAGUCAAAUAUACGUCUGAGUACACUUCUACCCGUAUGUAGCGCGAGAGCCACAAUCUCUUUGCUACCACGUCUAUCUCAACGACCGUUGGCCUCUCUAUGGCAAAUCAUUUGCUAUCCGACGUGCGCUGUUCUGAUUCUUUUAACAGCCGUGCUUCAAAAUCCUGCAGAUCCAGAAGUGACUUCGAACGUCGAAUCGAUUGGGAAAUUUGUCAUAUUUCUGCAAACCUUCCAAGACCGAGAGGAAUGUGAUCUGCAUGGCCUUAUUGAGUUUUGCUCCGAGCUUUAUGAUAUUGCAUCGGUUGCGCAACGCAAUUCAACAGAUCUGAUGAACGAGAGUGAAGAUGACAAAGAAGGGUUAGUGAGGCAGUAUAUAGACUUGCGUAUCCGCUUUUCAGGUUCUCAAGACCCCAUGCUACUCGCGCAGGGCCUCCUUACCAAUAUGCCGCUUCUGGGCGCGAAGGCAACGGAAGUGUUCUCCGGCACAGUAGCAGAGGCCAGGGACGAUGGGUUCACGCGGCUUGUGCCCAAUGUACUCAAACCCAGGUCAUUCAACUUCUUUGCCAAGCAAUAG